AAGUGGUUAAUCGUUAUCGUCUAUUGCGCUCUUCACUUCACCACGACCGUCAUUCGUAUAUUUCAGUGCUAUAAUGGUACCUUUGUGUCGUACCUAGGACCUACAUCGACAAUUUGUAUUCAGUGUUUUAAAAUUUUUGUAUUUUGUUGUCUUACAAUUUGUCAAAAUAUGCCUUCCAAUUGUAAUGAAUCAAUACGGUCAUGUGCAUUUUAUAGACCUCCUCACUUGCGAAAUGCAUGUGUAGGAACCAAAGUAGAAACGGUAGAUUCAGUGAAUAAUAAUACUUCCAAAUGUGUGAAUAAUAAUAAUUCAAAGGUAAACAAUAAUAAUGUACCGAAUUUACAAAGUAAAGAGUUAUUUACCAAGUUAUAUGUACCACCAGCUAAACGCAAUUUGAACCAUGUGACCAAUGUGGGUCUCUCUAAGUAUUUUGAUUGUAAAUUCAAGGGAACUCGCACAGAAUAUUCAAAAAAGCUUGAAGAAUCAACUACAGUGUAUGUUGGAAAUUUAAAUUUGCUUUCUACUGAAGCGGAUGUCCAUAAGCUAUUUUCAAAGGCAGGAAAAAUAAAAACCAUUAUCAUGGGAUUGGAUAAACAAACAUUAUGUCCUGGUGGAUUUUGCUUUGUUGAGUAUGAAACAAGAGCCGAAACUGAAAAUUGCAUGAAAACUUUAAAUAAAUCCUUAUUACAUGGUAAAAAGUUGUUAGUCGAUUGGGAUGCUGGAUUCAUUGAAGGACGUCAAUAUAGCCGCGUUAAAAGAAAUCAACAAAGGUCCUAUAUGCAUCCAAACACUCAAAAAUAAACAUUAUAGAUUCUCAUAUCAAGAACAAAGAAGAGGAAUAUAAUUUAUUAGAAGGAGAGCAUUUUAUUUUAAUUGCUACAUGUAAUUUUUGCUCUAAAUUACCUAUUUCUGUUUUAUAAAUAUUUAUUUAUGUUCUAUUUUUUUUAAAUUUUUUUGAAUUAACCAUCUUAUGAGAAAGUAUCAUUUAACAACUAUGUUUGCGUCAUCCUAAUAAGGCCUUUUAAAAUAUUAUUUCAAAAGCCAAAGUAAAUGUUUUUGAUUUUGUUCUUCUAAAAUGUAUAUAUUUGUUUU